UGCAUCAAACAAAUCUUAAGAUCUUUUCUUCAAUGGCUUUGCAGUCUGCUGCUCUAUUACCUUGUGCAUUUUCCAUCCACAAAGAGGGAAAAUCCGGCAAGGACUCAUGCUUCUUUGGAGUACCAUUUUCCGACUAUAUCAAAGCGGAUUCUUCGUUGAAACUAAAGCACGGUUCGAGGAAACAGAAUGUGACUAGAGCAGAGGCGGUGGCAGCGACAGCAGCCCCGACAUUCGCCCCAGCCACGGCACAAGGCAAGAAGACUCUGAGGAAGGGCACGGUGAUCGUGACGGGCGCCUCCUCAGGGCUAGGGCUGGCCACCGCAAAGGCCUUGGCCGAGGGCGGUAAAUGGCACGUGAUCAUGGCGUGCCGCGACUUCCUCAAGGCAGAGAAGGCUGCCAAGUCCGUGGGGAUGGCCAAGGAAAACUACACCAUCAUGCACUUGGACCUCGCGUCUCUCGACAGCGUGAGGCAGUUUGUCAACAACUUCAAGCAGACUGGCCAGCCUCUCGACGUCCUCGUCUGCAACGCGGCCGUGUACCAGCCAACAGCCAGAGAGCCAUCGUUCACAGCCGAAGGGUUCGAGCUCAGCGUGGGCACCAACCACCUCGGCCAUUUCCUUCUCUCGAGACUAUUAUUCGACGACCUUGUCAAGUCCGACUAUCCAUCGAGGAGGCUCAUAAUAGUCGGCUCCAUCACGGGGAACACGAAUACAUUAGCCGGGAACGUGCCUCCAAAGGCGAACCUUGGGGACCUGAGGGGGCUCCAAGGCGGCCUCAGCGGGCUCAACACCUCAUCCAUGAUAGACGGGGGAGAAUUCGACGGAGCCAAGGCCUACAAGGAUAGCAAGGUGUGCAACAUGCUGAUAAUGCAGGAGUUCCACCGCCGUUUCCACGAGGAAACCGGCAUCACCUUCGCAUCCCUCUACCCCGGUUGCAUUGCCACGACCGGGCUGUUCCGGGAGCACAUCCCCUUGUUCAGGCUGCUCUUCCCUCCUUUCCAAAAAUUCAUCACCAAAGGCUUUGUAUCUGAGGAAGAAGCUGGAAAAAGACUUGCACAGGUUGUGAGCGAUCCGAGCUUGACGAAAUCUGGAGUUUACUGGAGCUGGAACAAGGACUCAGCCUCGUUCGAGAACCAGUUGUCGCAGGAGGCCAGCGACGUUGAAAAGGCGCGAAAACUGUGGGAAGUCAGCGAGAAGCUCGUUGGCUUGGCCGACUGAGGUUGAGGAAGUUUAUGUAGAGAGGGAGAGAGUAUCACAAAAUUCAUCUUGUUUAGGAUCAUAAUAAAACACUCAAUCCAUCCUUUUUUUGUACUGCUAAA